UAUCAGGCGCGGCCCCGCCACUUCCGGGGGAGGGUGACUUCCGGUGUGGGCCGGAAGCGGAGCGUGGAGCCGGCGCGGCCAUGGCGCCCAAGGGGAAGGCGGGUACCAAGGGCAAGAAGCAGAUCUUCGAGGAGAACCGGGAGACGCUGCGUUUCUACCUCCGCAUCAUCCUGGGGGCCUCCGCUCUCUAUGCCAUGGUGAACCUGGUGAUCUUCUACCCCGCCGCCUCCGCCUGGACGUGGGUGAGCGCCCGGCCGGCUGCCGCUGCGGGCAGGGCCCCGCUAGCAUUCGUCUUCAGCUCGGUGGUCUACGGCACCAGCUACCGCUCCAUGAACUCCAUGGCAAAGCCGUCUUUUGCGGAAGAUGGCAGCCUUGCUGACGGGGGAAUUGACCUGAAUAUGGAGCAGGGGAUGGCAGAGCACCUCAAGGAUGUGAUCCUGCUGACAGCUAUAGUCCAAGUGCUGAGCUGCUUCUCGCUCUAUGUGUGGUACUUCUGGCUCUUGGCUCCGGGGCGCGCUCUCUACCUCCUGUGGGUGAACAUCCUGGGGCCCUGGUUUACAGCUGACUCUUCGCCUGCCAGUCAGGAACCAAACGAGAAGAAGCAACGCCGACAAGAACGCCGCCAGAUGAAGCGCUUCUAGCCCUGGCUGGGGAGAUAGAUUAAUGCCGUCUCUCAUCUCCAUGCUGUUAUUUCAUCAGAGAUGUGACCGAAACCACCGCAGUAGCUAUGUUACCCUCUGUCAUUGCUGCCAUUCCGCUAGAAAGGCCGCAAGAGACUUCCCUUGGUUGGUUCUUGGCGCCAGUCGAGGCCUUGCUCGUUGGGAUGACAAGGGGGGUGAUGCUGGGAUGUGUGUAAAUAACUUUUUAAAGCAGUGCUGUAUCAUGUUCGAGGUUGGGGAUUGCAACGUUGGAGGAAGUAGUAUAUUAAAGAGCAGAGUCUAAUUGA